AUGAAGAACCUUUUCAGCCUUGCCACCCUUGCCGUCCUCCUCUCCAGCGUUUCGGCGCACACCAUCUUCCAGGAGUUGCACGUCAACGGCGUUCGCCAGGGUCGCACUGUCGGUAUUCGAGUUCCCUACUACAACGGUCCCAUUGAAAACGUCAACUCCAACGACAUCAUUUGCAACGGAGGCAUCAACCCUUACAAGACCCCCAUCUCCCAGACCGUCAUCCCCGUCCCCGCUGGCGCAACUGUCACUGCCGAAUGGCGCUACACCCUCGACAGCAAGCCCGGUGACAACUCUGACCCCAUUGACCCAUCCCACAAGGGCCCUAUCUUGGCCUACCUUGCCAAGGUUCCUAGCGCUACUCAGAGCAAUGUCACCGGCUUGAAGUGGUUCAAGAUCUACCAUGAUGGCUACGAUGCUGCCACCAACACCUGGGCUGUUGACAAGCUCAUUCGCGACCAAGGUCUCGUCUCCUUCAAGAUCCCCGACUGCAUCGAGGACGGUGACUACCUCCUCCGUGUCGAGCUGAUCGCUCUUCACUCUGCUUCAAGCUACCCUGGCGCUCAGUUCUACAUGGAGUGCGCGCAGAUCAGAAUCUCUGGCGGCGGAAACGUUACCCCCUCCAACACUGUCAGCUUCCCUGGUGCCUACUCUGGAUCCGACCCUGGCGUCCGCAUCAACAUCUACCAGGGUGUCCGAUCCUACACCAUCCCCGGCCCCAGCGUCUGGACUUGCCCUGCUGGCAGCGGACCCGGAAACCCUGCCCCCACCACUCCCGCUCCCCCCGUCGUCCCCACCACCGUUGCUCCCCCUCCGGUGCAAACCACCGCUCCCCCCACCACUCCUCCCUCGCAGGGUACCGUCCCUCAGUGGGGACAGUGUGGCGGUAACGGAUACAGCGGCCCAACUGAGUGCGUUGCCCCCUUCCGAUGCGUCAAGACCAACGACUGGUACAGCCAGUGCGUUGCAUAG